UCUCUUGACUUCAUAAUACCAGCGUUCUCUUCAAGCACACGGUGUAUUGGACUUUCUUUCCUCUCCCGUACAGACGCACUCCCACAUCGAGCCAUCCUCAGACACCAUGGUCUCCGCCACAUCAGUUCUCUUCGCCGCGCUGGCCGCAGUGGUGUCCGCUGCUCCGACUUGCAAGAAGGUCGUUACGCCUACUCUCCCUCAGACAGGAGGACCAACCCAACUUAGUCCGCCGGCGGCCAGCCUGGUGCUGAAAAAGAUCGCUGUCGGCCACGGCAUCCAGAACUACACCUGCUCGUCCACAGCCGCCAACGCCUCUGCAACCGGCGCCCUCGCCGUGCUGUACGACGUCACAAGCUUCUACCCGGGGACGGAGAAGACGGGCAUCAGCCAGCCGGUCUGGGACCAUCUGCCGUCGGAUCUGCUCUGGCGCACGCCGCUGCCUCUCAACAAGCUGAGCGGGUCCCAGUUCGGCGCCGACCUGACCAACCCGUUCCCCGCCCCGGCAGACCUCCGGCUCCCGGGCCUGUCCACUCUCAAGUUCCUGGGCCACCACUUCUUCGACUCCGCCGGCGUCCCCACGUUCGACCUCAGCGCCGCCGGGCUCAAGGCCGUCGUCAAGAAGACCGAGCAGGUCGACGCCCCGAGCAAUGCCGACAAGGGCCUCACCGGCUCCGGCGCCGUCCAGUGGCUCCAGCUGAUCGACAACGGCGCGGGGAAGUCCGUGGGCGUGAGUGUGGUUUACCGCGUCCUGACGGCCGGCGGCAACCCCGAGGCUUGCUCGGUAGCCGGCGCGGGGUCCCAGAGCGUGCCUUACGCGGCCUACUACUGGUUCUUCGGGUGAAACGCGGUGGGCAAAGGGUAGGGGGGGAUCUUGCUCUGUUGCCCGAGCGGCGCGGCGAGCGGGUGUGCGAAAGGGCACGUCGGUGCGGCACGGGGUGGGCCCCCUUACGCACCAGAAUCCGGUCUGGAGUUGGCCCGACGGGAUGGAUGCGGGAGGCCCAGGCCGCCUCCGCCGCCGCCGCCGCCGCCUCUGCCGCAUGCACACACACGGCACGAGGCCUACCACACUUCUACUCUUUUUCUUCUUCCCUUCUCUUCGCAUGUCGCAUAUGGUUUCAUGCAUUUGCAUCAUGACAGCUUCCUGCUUGGGCACGGCUCUGCUGGGGUGUUGGGUUUGGCUGGGUUGUUUCCGCAUUUCAUGUCCGCCACAGGGGCGGCAGUAUAUUGAUGGGAGAGACGCAAACGGUUUGGGGCGGGCGGCUUUCUCUGAGAAAAUGUUGCUCUAAGGUAUUAAUUCUCCUUUUUGCAUAGAGACGGGAGUGGGUUGUUGAGAAUUGACUAUGCUCACGCUUGACCACGUUGGCGCUCGACUUUACCUAUGUAUCUGCGUAACGUGCUAUGCCUGG